AUAAACAUCUUCCUUAUUACAGAGAUUACAUCAAUCCAUGAAUCAAACGGUUGAUUUAUCAUCCAUCAAGUUGACAAAAGAGCAACAAGACGUCGCAGACCUCGCAGAACUUGGCCAUAAUGUUUGCAUAUUUGGAAGGGCUGGCGUGGGAAAGACUACAGUUGUCGAAGAAAUAACGAAAAGAUUAACUGCAAAUGGAAUUAAAGUUCAAGUUCUAUCAUCAAGUGGGAUAUCGUGCAUGGCUUAUAACUGUGGGGCUAAAACUGUCCACGCCCACUAUGGCUUGCAAACUGCAGAGCUGCCAGAUAGUCUCUUGAUUGAACGUUCCCUUCGACGGCAGAAUAUACUCGAAAACAUAGAAAAUACUAACGCAGUAAUUUGGGACGAGAUUUCAAUGUCCAGUGAACGUAUUUUUAGUUUAGUCAAUCUUCUUCAACACACUGUCUUAAAAAAUAACCAUCCUUUUGGAGGUGUUCAAAUCAUUUUAGUUGGUGAUUUCUGGCAGUUGAAGCCGAUUCCAGGUCCAUUCGAUUUAGGAAAAGUGAUAUAUUCUUCGGAGCUGUUUGAAAAGGCAUUCAAACAUCGAUUUAAACUGACAACGAUUUGGCGUCAAGGGGGUGAAGAGUUAAAGUUGAAAGCCGCAUUAGAUCAAAUACGAUGGGACAAUGCGAUGAUGCGACAGAGGAAUAUCUCCAAGGUUUAUCGGAAGAACCUAUCUCGCAUUGCACUCAGACGAGCCUCCUGUUCAUAUCUUUUUCAAGAGAUUGCCUGUCAGCGUUCAUAA